AUGGCUAAUAAACGACGUCCAAAGAAAACUCGUGCACCUUAUAGAAGAUAUGUCUACAAGUCAAACAAUUAUUUAGCUGGUUCUGAUGAAGACGAAGAGUUUGAAGAUGAGACUGAGCAACUGGAAACAACACUACACACAACUAACAAUGCCAGGUUCAAACGGGCGAUAAAUGUACAGUCAAUAUAUGUCCUAAGUGAUCAAAUCCGUUAUCAGGGCAAAAUGUGGCCCUGGAGUAAAUUUGAGAAAGUUGAUAUUUUGCAAUGUGCUUUACAGGGUCAUAACCCUUCGUAUGCUCACAAUGGGCCAGAAGACGAACCAACCCAAGGAGUAAUGAAGUUUCCAGCAGAGAUAUUUGUCCAUAUAUUUGAGAUACUAGACGCAUGGGGUAAAUUAAAACCUAAAUAUAUGAGAGUGUGCAAACUAUUUUAUUUAUUGAUAUUGCCAAUCUUAUAUCGGCAACCACAACUAAAAGCCACUAAUUUUUUCAAUUUUGUGGAGGCAAUUUCCAGCAAUAAGUCAUUAGGUCAAUACAUUCAUGCUUUGGACCUUUCGUAUAUUAUACAGUCAGGCAAAAAUGCAUUCGUAUCUAAACUCAUGAAACGAGCAGGUAAAAACUUGGAGAUUCUUGUGGCACCACAAACAAGUUUUGGAUUAGGGCCAUUGAUUGCAUUGAAAAAUUGCUCCAACCUAAAGGUUUUGGAUUUGAGACUUGUUUCUGAAACUUUAAACUUGGAAGAAUUAUUCAAGUCCAUUAGGAAUUUAACAGAAUUGACGCAGUUGUCAUUUCCAAGGUCUUCAGUAGAAAUUCACGAUUAUCAGCUGAUAAAUUGGCCUCCAAAGUUGACUUUCUUGAGACUUUCAGGAGGUAUUAGUGAUGACUUUCUAUAUCAGUUCGAGUUCCCGCCACUGAUUACACAAUUGGAGUUUGCACAUUGCCCAUCUAUAAGCGAUCUUGGCUUUCGACAAAUAUUGUACAGGAUAGGAGCCAACUUGAAAACAUUAAAAGUCCAGUAUCCAAUGCCGGGAUUGAAAAAAAAUUCGUUGGACCAAGUGUUUCUGUAUUGUCCAAACUUGAGAGUAUUGGAGGUUAGUGUUGAUUAUGUUUCAUCCAUGUUUUUUGACGAGCAAUAUUUGGGAUACAUGGACUAUCCCAGACCUUUGCGUACUUUAUAUAUAAAUAGCAGUGGUAUGUUGGGAACACUGACUCGUUUGGACCCAAUAGACUUGGCAGUUGCCUUGAAUGACGGUAGAUUACCAUAUUUAAAGCAUAUUCAAUGUACUGCGAAAUUGGGGUGGGACCCACUGUCUGACGCCCUAGGUUAUAUAGCUGAUGAAUUGGAUGAACGAAAAGGUGGAAUAUAUAUAGGUUAUUAA